UUCUGGUACCUCUACACCAUAUUUUGUACACUGCUUUCCUUCACUUAUCUUGGAAUGCUGCUCGUUGCAAUAACACCAAGCUAUCCAGUAGCUGCAGUUUUACAGUCAACUUUUUACACAGUUUUCAUCUUGUUUUCUGGAUUUAUGAUUCCUCAACCGCAAAUUCCUGAGUGGUGGCUCUGGUUGUAUUAUCUAUGCCCUACAUCUUGGACACUAAAUGGUUUGCUUACUUCCCAAUAUGGAGAUAUAGACACACAGAUUAUGGUGUUUGGAGAAGCCAAAACCGUCGUGGCGUUUUUAAGCGAUUACUUUGGAUUUCGCCAUGAUCAACUACCCAUAGUUGCUGUUGUUCUCAUUGUUUACCCCAUAAUUCUUGCUUUCCUAUUUGCAUUCUGUAUUGGGAAACUUCAAUUCCAAAAAAGAUAGAAUGUUGUAAAGCCAUUUGUUCACGAUUUCAUUGCUUUUCUAAUCAUUGUAGUCGUAGUUAAGGCUUCAUAACUUCUAAUGUUCGUAUACUAUCUUCCAUGGCAGCUGACUGCAAUGUUGGUGCUGUUUCGUCCACAAUCUUAGUGGAUCAUAAAAUCUACAAAUUCAAUGAUGGGAUACAGAUAUCUACAUAAACUAUAAAAUUUCUCAUUUUUGCCGCCGCUUGUAAGUCUCCAUUCUCAGUUGAAAGUCAGCCAUGGUGGAGGUGGAGGUGGAGUACGGCACCUAAGCGAGGAGUACCAAAUCAAGACGGUAGGCGGCAAAGAGGAAGAUGGUGAUGGCAACAGCCAAGACUUCUCAAAGGCCCUUCAAUAGGUUUAGUUCACUCUACAAAGGGGCACUGCAGCAAUUGACCUGAAAAAGGAGGAUGUGUAGGUGUAGCUGUGUAGGUGAGAAAGACUUUCCUACACUAGUGAUACUACGUCAUUUGUGUUAUUAACCAAUUAU